GUGUCUGUCACCCUCACCCCAAUCUAUAAUUUCUUCAUUUCUCCCUAUGGUUCAUAAUCAUCUGUACACCUAAAUUUCUUCCAUUUCUUUUUACCUGCAAAAAAAAUAUGGAGGAUGACCAAAAUAUGCAUAUCUGUGCUCAUAUCAACAGUUGAUGGGAAUUGUUCCAUUCCUAGGCUUGAACCCGAGACAUCUAUUAAGGGUGGAGGGAGUUUGAUUCGUCCUGUAUUACCAAGAUAGCUCAUUUCCAAUGAAGAAAUAAAGGGACAUGUUUAUCAAGUGCGACCACUCUUAAUUUGAGAAACGGAGUCCACCAACACUAGCCUCGACACAGUUUUGGAUCUUUAGUUUUUGAACUCAUUGAGUAUACUCAGUAACACAGAGAAGAACAAGAAAGUGCAUUAAGGACAUCGCAAUGGGAAAUUGGGAAUGUGUAUAGUAGCUCUUCCAGAACCUAGUUUCAGCCUGUGUAGGUUUGUCAGUAAAAUUCCCCUUUUCUUCAUCAAAUGCUUGAUGAUAACUUUUAUGAUUUGAGAGUGUUGAUAUGAGCAAGUUACUGCCAACCAGCCUUGCUUAUUUUAACAAGAAAAGGAAGUUUCAAGCUGAACAAUUAGGAAUGCCGCUACCUAAGCAUAUGUGCUCAUAUCAGAGCUCUGCUGAAUGUACUUCUUCACAUACUGGCACAGCAGCUAAAGAACCUUCGGCAUGCAUGAUUAUAGUAGAAAAUGCUGCAAGGGGCCAAGAUGAUGAUAUAGAACUAGAAUCUGAGAAUGGCAGCAAUAGCUUUUGUGAAGAUGCUGAUUCUGUCACGUCUCAUGAGGCUAAACUUGAUCCUGGAUGUCUGAAAGCAUGUUCAUCUGAUCACGCUUCAACUUCAUCUGUUAAUUUGUGGGGCAACCUUUAUUCCUUGGAGAGCAGAUCAGCGACAAAAUUAAUGCCUGAUAGGCCGGAGCAAUCCCCUACCGGCAGAGUAUGGGAUACUCUACAUCACGGUUCUGGAUGCGACCCGUCAAUGGAUUAUGAGGAGCACUUGUUGGGAUUGGGGAAUCAUGAGGAUUGCACUUGCGCAGAAUGCAGGACUGAGGGCAUUGAGCUCGCAACAGAAAAAGAAGUUGAAAACUUGCUUAAUGCCAAUGUGAAUCCUAACAAUUAUGUUCUUUCAUCUGGAAGAUGGACUGUUAACCAAGAUUCACAGCCAAGUUCCACAAAACUAACCAUUGAUAAGGAGUUUGAGCAGUACUUUUCCAUGCUUAUGCUGUAAGAAGAAACCAUUGAUCAGUUCGAAAAGCUGGCUUAUGUAUGUAGUUAAUAAUUGGUUUCAAUGGCUUGUUUAUAUAGUUAUUAUUGUUUGCUAUGUUGUCCUACAGCCCUCCAUUGUAACAACAGAAACAAAUUUGGUAAUUUAACUACCUUGAAUGGUAUUAUUGUACAGAGGCUUUUGCUUGCAUAA